AUGAAGAGACUCCUCUUCUUCUGUGUGUUACAUAGCUUAGCUCUGGUAGAUGCUUGGUCACCUACAGGCAGUGAGUGCCAGCAUGGUGAUGGCUCCUCUGGGCCUCCUGGGGAGCUCUGUGCUUCUGCCAACCAGUGUGGAGACAGCAAUGAGGACAAACAAGGUUCCUCCUGUGCCAAGUGUGAUUUCGAAACUGAUCUGUGUGAAGCUCUUCACGAACUGAGUUUCCAGCCUGGAUGGGUAAGGAGAAAAGGUCAAUCUGGCAGAAGCCCACCAUACUUUGACCACAAUGGGAAUGACAGUGCUUAUUUCCUCUCAUUGUCCUCUGAAAUGAAAUCAUCUUCUGCAACUUUAAGGACCAAUGUUUUCCUUCCAACUGAUGAGGAACAUAUUUGCCAGAUUACAUUUCAUUAUUGGAUCAGUCAAAUGAGUGGAACACUGAUUGUGGGGGUUAAAAAGCACUCUGAAAAUACCAUUACAGACAUCUGGCAAGAUUCAGGAGAACUGCAAAAUCAGUGGAAAGCAAAGACUAUCACAAUCAGUAGCACUGAGAAGUAUGAGGUUAUCUGGUGGGGGAUGGUGGAGACCCAGAGCCAAGAUGAAACUGUUGCCAUUGAUGACAUUACUUUCAGUGAAGGAUGUUCUCUGGCCUCUGGAGCAUUCAUUCAGUUCAGUGGAUCACCUCAGCUGAACACAAAGAUGGCCAUGUCUCAUCUCGGGAGUCCUCUCCUUGUCAGGCUGACCCCUGGGCUUUGCUGCUGUCAGGUAAGGUUCUGGUGCCGGCUGCCUCUGGACGCCCAGCUGUCUGUCUUUAGAAGAAAUGCAUUGGAUGGAAGUUUGGAAAAGCUGUCUGACAUUUCAGGACUGCCUGAGAUGCAGUGGACAAAAGUGAAUGUACCUGUAAAAAGUGCAGCUGAGGACUUGCCCUUCCAGAUUAUUUUAAGAGCUACUAUCCUGAAGGCAAAUGCUACUGUUGCUGUUGAUGACAUCGGUGUGACAGGAGGAUGUGGAGCUGUGAAUAGAUCACUCCUGGGUGUCAGGCAAGAAAGCGAAGCUGCUGUGUGUAACUUUGAAAGAGACAGCUGUGGCUGGGUUGAAACUGCAAGUGCAGAUGGAUUCGACUGGGUGAGAAGUUCCAGCAGGGCUCUUCCAGCUGCUUUUCAGAAGCAGGCUCCUCUGCAGGAUCACACUUCCAACACAGCUGAAGGUCACUUCAUGUUCAUUGUGAAAACCAGCAGCAGCAUUUCACAAGUAGCUCAGCUACGGAGUCCAAAAUUCAGGCAAAGUGGACCAAAUUGCACAUUGUCCUUUUGGUAUUACAACUACGGGCAGUCAGUCGGGGCAGCAGAGCUGGAGCUGCUUGUGGAUGGGCUGAGGCAGCCUACUACCCUCUGGAGGACAUACUACGGCGAGGGGGAUCAGUGGCUGAAGGCAGAGGUUCAGCUCGGACGCCUGGCACAGCCUUUCCAGUUCUCACUGAGUAAAAUCAGCCUGGGUGUUUACGACGGCGUCUCAGCCAUCGAUGACGUCACGUUUGAAAGCUGUGCUCUCCCUCCUCCAGCAGCAAGCUGUGAAGGUCCCAAUCGUUUCUGGUGCAGAGACACCAGAGCAUGUAUUGACAGUCUGUUGGUCUGUGACCUUGUGGAUAACUGUGGGGAUGGGUCAGAUGAAGACAACUGUAACCCUGACCUCCAGUGUAACUUUGAAAAUGGGUUGUGCAGCUGGGAGCAGGAUGUUGAGGACGACUUAGACUGGGUCAGAAUUCAGGGUCCAACCCCCACAGCUAACACAGGCCCCUUAAAGGAUCACACAACAGGCACAGCCUGGGGACAUUACCUCUACAUGGAGUCCUCUCAGCCAUACCGUUUCCAGGAUCAAGCAGUUCUGCUUAGUCCUCUCUUCAAGCCUGCUGGCAACAGAAGCUGUGUUUUCCGCUUUUAUUACCAUAUGUUUGGAAAGCAAGUUUACAAACUGUCAGUCUUCCAGAGAACUGUGAGCAACACCCAGGGACAGCUGUUGUGGCACAACUUUGGGCAUCAGGGAAACAGAUGGAUCAGAGAGACAAUCUACAUCAGCAGCUCUAACCCGUUUCAGAUCUUGGUGAAAGGUGCUGUAGGAGACGGCUUCACUGGAGACAUUGGACUUGAUGAUGUUUCUUUUCUGGGCUGUACUCUUUACCAAGGAACCUUGCCGACAAUCUCUACGACGACAUCAGGAACUUCAGCUCCUGACACGCUGCCCAUGAACAACUGCACAGAGGAGGAGUUUGUCUGUAGAGCCUCUGGCCACUGCAUCCAGAGGAUCCAGAAGUGUGAUUUUAGACCUGACUGCCCUGAUAGGUCUGAUGAAGGAGCUUGUGCUGUGGAAGUUUGCAACUUCGAAGAUGCAGACUGGUGUGGAUUGUACCAACCAGCCCUGGAACUGAUGUCAGGACCUGAGUCCAUCCGUACCACAACCAGCUUCAAGUGGGAACUUGGCAGAGGGGCAGAUCUCCACCCUGGGGAAGGAAAACACUGCCCAUUAACUGAUCACACCACGGGCUCUGAGGAAGGCUGGUACCUGUUUGCAGACAGCUCCAAUGGAGAAUUUGGUCACACAGCUGACAUCGCUACCCCUCUCAUCUCCCUCACUGGGCCCAAAUGCAAAAUCACGUUCUGGAACUACAUGAAGGGUACAACAAUAGGCUCUCUGGAGGUACUUUGUAAAACUGGUAACAGGACUUCUAAACUGUGGACUCAGAGUGGCAGCCAAGGUCCCCAGUGGAACAGAGCAGAAGUGUUCUUGGGCAUCCGAUCAGAAUUCCAGGUUGUUUUCAGGACAAAACGUGGUGUCAGCUACAUGGGAGACGUGGCAGUGGAUGAUAUCAACUUUGAGGAUUGCUCCCCUUUGCUCAUCCCAGGCAGGCCUUGCACACCAGAGGAAUUCACAUGUGCCAACAAGUACUGCAUCCCAAAGGAUCACCUGUGUGAUUUUGUAAAUCACUGUGCAGACAACUCAGAUGAGAGCCCCACUAUCUGCAGUACCUCCCUUGGUCAUUGCAGCUUCGAGUUUGACCUUUGUGGAUGGAAGCAAGAGGAAAAUGAUGACUUUGAUUGGAACCUCAGAACUAGCAGCAUUAUAAAAACGGGCACUGCACCAGCUACUGAUCAUACACUGCACGAGCCAUCUGGUCAUUAUAUUUUCAUAAAGAAUUCAUUUUUUCAGCUGCCAGGAAGGAAAGCCAGGAUUUCCAGUCCUGUCCUAAGCAGGAGGAACAAAAACUGCAAGAUACUUUUCUAUUACCAUAUGUAUGGAGCUCACACUGGAUCAUUGAUUGUCUACCAGAGGACCAUGUCAACGCAUGAACAAAUUCUCCUGAAUCUUACUGGCAGUCAGGGAAAUUUCUGGCAGCACAAGGCACUGAGCCUGUCUGGAGAUGGAGAAGAAGAUUUCCAAGUUGUCUUUGAGGGAAGAGCUGGAAGAGGUCCCAAAGAUGGCCUUGCACUAGAUGACCUCACGUUUUCCAGGGAGUGUUUACCAGCCCAGGAGUUUUUGCCAGCAGAACCCACAACACUGCCUCCAACAGGCUCCUGCUCCCGUGGCUAUUGGCAGUGUCACAAUGGGAAGUGCUACAGACCAGAGCAAAGCUGUGAUUUUGAGGACAACUGUGAGGAUAACACAGAUGAGAGCGAGUGUGGAAGUUCCUGCACCUUUGAGAAGGGCAGAUGUGGUUGGCAGAAUUCCCUGGUGGACAACUUCCACUGGGUGCUAGGGGUCGGCUCGCUUCAAAGCCUCAGACCUCCCGGGGACCACACACUGGGAAACAGAACUGGGCAGUUCCUCUAUCUGGAAGCCACUGCACUAGGACUGAAAAAUGGAAAAGCCCAUGUGAAGAGUUCCAGAUGGAAAGAAUCAAGUAAGAGUUGUGUGAUGAGCUUCUGGUACUUCAAGUCACCAAAAGCCACAGCUUGUAUCCAGGUUCUGAUAAAGACUGAUGAUGGCAUCAGGAAAAUAUGGAGUGAAUUUGGAAGUCAUGGUGAUGAAUGGAAGAAAGUUGAGUUACACUUGGGGAAACUGAGGAAUUUUGAAGUUAUCUUUGAAGGCAUUCGUAGCAGAGACCUAGGAGGAGGAGCAGCAAUAGAUGACAUAGAGUUCAACAACUGCACCACAGUUGGAGAGAAUCCCAGGGAGUGCCCUGCCAGCACUGAUUUUAUGUGUGGGAAUGAGAAAUGCUUAGAGUCUCGGUUCGUCUGUGACUACAAACCUGACUGUGAAGACCUCUCUGAUGAAGCUGACUGCAGUUAUUACACAAGCAUUCCUGGAAGCUGUAACUUUGAAACACAAGAUCAAGAAUGGACCUCUGCAUGUGGAUUAACACAAGACCCUACUGACGAUUUUGACUGGAAUAUUAUCAACAGUGCUGUCACAGGACAAGUGGGUCCUGAUACUGACCAUACACCAGGUAAAGGACAGCAUUUUCUGUAUGUAAACUCAUCCAGCCAGAAGGAAGGAAGCAGAGCCAGGAUAAUUACCACCAAACUCUUCCCAGCUAGCCUUGGGAUCUGUAGGGUUCGGUUCUGGUUCUGGAUGUUUGCUUCUAGGCAAACUGGAGUCUUAAAGGUAUACACAGUUGGAGAGCAUGGCAUGGAUAUUCUUAUGUGGUCUUCUAGCAGAAAUGAAGAAAACAAGUGGAUGUAUGCAAAUGUGGUCCUCUCCAGCAACAGCCCCUUCAGAGCUGCCUUGGAAGCUGAGGUGGGGUGUAGUGAGCCCAUGGAGUUUGCACUUGAUGAUGUCUCUUUCACCCCAGAGUGCACUGAUGGAGGAUCAGCUAUCCCACACCCUCCCCUCUGCAGCACAGAGCAGUUCCCCUGUGCCUAUGUGCAGCAGUGCCUGCCCCUUGCUGCCAAAUGCAAUGGGGCUGAAGACUGCCUGGAUGGGAGUGAUGAAAUGGACUGUCCCACACAGGUGCCUACCACCAGGGCUCCUGUCUCCUGCCAGCAGACAGAGUUCCUGUGUCCCUCCAAAGGCUGUAUCCCAGCCCUCCUGAGAUGUGAUGGUGUGCCUGACUGCCAGCUUCACGAAGAUGAACUUGGUUGCCCCACGACUGAGUGUUUUGAUGGUUCUCUGCUCUGUGCAUCGACAAAUCGAUGUAUAACCAUCUCCCAGCGCUGUGAUGGUGUGGCAGACUGCAUUGAUUUCAGCCUUGAUGAGUCCAGCUGCUCAGUUUGUCCUGAAGAAUACUGCAGGAAUGGAGGAAGAUGCAUCAUCAAGGAAGAGAUUCCAUUGUGCCAAUGUGGAGAAGAGUGGAAAGGGAACCGCUGCCACAUCAGGGCUAAGCCUCUUCAGCCUUCACCUUUCAGCUUCCUUCCCAAUGAUACUUGGAUUGGGUUGGCAAUUGGUUUCUUGCUGAUUAAAAUUGCAGCUGCUGCCUUGUGUUUCCUUUCUAAGAAGAAAGUGCCAGAAAUGAAAACGGAGGAAACAGCUCAUGCUUCAUUUGCCAACCCAUUGUAUGAAGACCUGAGUUCAUCUGGGAAAGUAAAGUCUCCUGGAUAUGCGACCUCACCCACUGUUCAGAUCAGUGUUUCUCCAUGGCAUGAGUACCUGGUCAAUGAAGAUGUGAAUGUCACUUGUUUUCCAAAUCCUCUCUACGGUGAAGCAUCAGAAGACAUUGAGAAAUUGUGCAGUUCCUUGAAAGCAGACAGCAAGCAGCAGGAUCAAUAUCUCUUGUAA